AUGGACGGCCUCGUCGUUAUCGAGAUACUUAGAGGCUGCCUCAUUAAGGCCAGCCACUGGAUGAGUCCCGCGCCGACGCCCGCUUCGUCCGAACUGGUGGAGAUCAUCCUGAUCGAACUCGCACACGCCCGCCCGCUGUUUCUCCUCUCGAGCGCCGCCCGCGUGGACCGCGACUUCCACGAUAUCGUCAACUCCUCCAAGAUCAUCAAGACCAUCAUUCAAGAGCACAUCGACAGCACCCUCACGCGUGCCACGCCCACCGAGGAUGUGGUCAUCGGUACCCCAAACCCAUUGCUGAAGAGAUUCGACGUCGGACUUGUGAUGCGCGACUGCCCUACUAUGGGAGAAGAUUACCCAAGCAAAACAUUCAACCUCAACGGCAACGUCUUGGCUUUCUCGUACUGGUUCCGCACUGGCCCCUGGGUGGAGAUCCAGCUCCAUAAUGACGACAAGAAAGCAGUUCCGCCCUCCUGCGGCGAGAUGCGUAUUCUCGAUCCGCCCCAGACGGUCGAGCUUCACGUCCGAUACGCGGCUGAGGUGGGAGUCUCGGAGUACUACCGCGAGAAGUCCCAAGACCCUAUCUUCGAGGAAGGCAAGAGCGUUAUCCUCGUUCCGAUGCUCGCCGUGGCUGAAACCCAAGCCGCGACUGUCCAAGAGCUCCUCGACGUCGCCAAGGAGCUGAAGAAGUCCCAUCCAAAGGAUUGGGCCGAGCGCCGCAGCGGUCCGUGGGGAUCAUUCGCCAGUGUCGACUUCAGUCAGCCGCAGAACUCUGCGCAGAAGACGGUGGUCUCCAAGGCGCAGUACGAGGAGUUGAGUCGUUUCGAUCACCCAAUCGGCUACUCGAAGAUCGUCAACUCUUGA